GUCCAGAGCGGUCGCAGCGCGCUUUCUCCUGGGCGAUCCGUCGGCAUUCGGGCCGGCGCCGCCGUCGGCGAUGGACCACGACGAGGAUAGGUCCUUGUCUCUGGGAACGGAGGUCUCGGCCUCCGUGCCCCCCCCGAGUCCUCUCACGGGAUGCUAUCUGCUGGCCGUCAUCGGCGAGCCUCACACUCAAGAGGAUAAGGAGAUUAUCCUGCAGCGCCUCGUCAAAGGCCUGCUAUCAUGGGAUUCUGGCGAACACCAGGUCGACUUGGAGAAGGAACUGGCUACCCUCACGGCGCAGGCACCCGAGGGGGAGGAAGCCAGAUAUGGCGAGCGUCUGAUCCAGUACGCCUCCGAGAACCUGGUGACGGAGAUCCUGAUCCACCCACAGAUGAACACGCUGAUGCAGUGUAUGAGGAACCUGCUCAGCUCGUUCACCCGACAUAGACAUUUGAUCCACGCCGGCUACACCUUCUCUGGGAACGGCUCUUGGAUCAUGCAGGACGGUACAUUCUCGCUAGCCGACUUCACAGACGCGUACCAAGAGAACGAAGUACAGCGCGUGAUCCGCGCAUACGAGAACUCAAUCUCCAUUGACAUACACUGCGCGGCCGCGGGCGACUGGGCGCGCCUGCCGCAGUCCCCGGCCGCCAAGCACUGCGCCAUACGCGUCAACCCCACGGACAUUAUCGACUCGGGCUCGCAACCCAUCAAGGACUUUAUCGCCUACCUGGAACCGUACAUAGUUCCAGCUAGCCUGGAACAGCUACUGGUGCCCAGUGACGUGGUGGGCAACAUCCGAUUCAGUCACCCCACGCUCUAUGUGUUCCCUGGUGGACAGGGGGACGCUGCUCUCUUUGGAAUCAACGGAUUUAAUAUGCUUGUGGACGGCGGGUUCUCCCGCAAGGCGUGCUGGUGGGACUUCGCGCGUCACCUCGACCGCCUGGACGCGGUGCUGCUCACUCGCCUUAACAACUGCUCUGUGGCCGGCCUGGCUGCUGUACUGCGCCGUAAGGCUACGGCUAGUGUGUAUCCCCAGAUUGGACACUUCUUUUGUAACCUCGAGGAGCGCGCGGGCCCCUCCACCGAGGAGGACAAGGACGACCCGCUGCAGGUGUCGCUGGUGCGCGCGGGCGCGGCGCUGCUGGCCGACCUGCGCCGCCUGCAGCUGCGCGCGCACGCGUGCUACCGCAGCGACCGCCCCGUCAACCUGUACCACAAAGUGGGCCACGGGACGUUGGAUAUGUACGUUUUGAAUCCGUCCAAGGACUCGAAGUAUGUUCGUGAAUUCUUAAAGAAAUGGCAUAGUGGUGAACAAAAGCUAUUCGAAGGUGCUAAUAUUUCUGGAACAUUUAAUUUUCCGAUACCUAACUUAGUGUCAAUAUGUGCAUUAUUAGUAUGGCGACCUGCAAAUCCUGAUGAUAACAUUACACGCCUUAUGUUUCCCGGAUCUACGCCUCAACACAAGAUAUUUGAAGGUUUAGAGAAGUUAAGACAUUUAGAGUUUCUUCAACAUCCAACUUAUACGGGCCGACAAAUGGCAAGCGUUCCUGUUGCUCAAACUAAAACGACUGUGACCUCUACAAAAACGACAAAAACUGUCAGCAGUAAAACAACUAAAGACAAACCAAUAUUGACUGAAAAAAAAGAUGAGAAAAUUGUGGACCAAGAAACAAUAUCUAAAUUUGAUAAAAUCAAGGAUGAAGCGGUUUCAAAAAAUAUAAUCGACAAUAAAUUGAUAAGUGAACUUGUUGAUGAAGAGGACAAACGAAUCGAAUCUGUAUUACAAGAAACAAUUAUUGCAAGAGCAGAUACAAACAAAUUAGAAGAAAAAAUAGCACAAUACGAAAGCACUGUUACAGAUAGUUUAAUAAAGAAAAAAGAUGUAAGAAAAACAGAAAAAUCUAGUGACAAAAAAACAAAACGUGUUGAUAAGACUGAAGGUAUAAAAGAUACUGUACAAAAAGAAGAUUCCAAAAAACAAGAAAUAGACAAUAAAUUUAGAAUUGAAUCUAGAAGAAAAGCGGAAAAAACGAAAUCGGAAUUAUUAACAUCAGUAUCAAAAAGUAAAGCUAGUCAUCGAAUUACACAAAAAAGUGCUGAUAAAAAAAUUAGUAGUACUACGACUGCUGAGAAAAAGGGUGUCGCAGAGGAUAAAAAGUCCCCUCCAACCACGCCAAAGAAGAGCAGUGAAAUUAAAGGACAAAUGGUAAAGGAUAAAGUAAAGCUCAAAACAAGGCGAAUAAGUCCUGGAAGCACUCCGGCAAAAAGUGCAAAGGAAGCUAGUAAUCGACGCGUUCUAGAGUCUAAAUUUAAGCAAGUGUCACCUAAACGAGACCUGGUGCAAAAAGCACCUGAGAAAAAAGAACCAAAGCCUAAACGAGAACCGAUUUCGAGACGACCAAGACCUUUAGCAUCACCCGUCAAGGGAUUGAAAGCAGCUAAAAGUCCUUCAAAAAGUGUUAAGUCAAUAAAAACUGAUACAUCAAAGUUAAUAGGAUUACAAAGGGUAAAUUACGAGGACAUAUUAAAAGAUGCCAAAAAGUCUGAUGAGGAUACUUCCAGAUCUAUUGAUGACAUUAAACAGCAAGAAUUGGAUGAAAGGGAAGAACAGGAAAUAGUUAGAGAAAUUGAAGCAGUAUUUAAGCGUGAUGGUGACGCAGAAGAAAAAGUUGAAUUCAUUGGUCGUUCUGACAUUGAAAAAAUUACAUGUUUGUUGGAUGAAACAAAAAGGGAAGCUAUUAUUGAUGGAGAAUUUGAAGAAGAGUAUUUGAUAAUUGAAAAAGAAGAAGUUGACCAAUAUACUGAAGAUUCUAUUGCUGAAAAAGAAGACGAGUUACAAAAACAUAUAAAAGAUAAAGAAGAAUCUGAAAAAGUUAAAAUAAAAGAUAUUGACGAUAAAGCAAAUGAAGAAACAAAAGCUAAACUGACUCAAGAUCAAGAAAAACGACUAGAUUCUAAAGAUCAGUCGAUAAGUGUCGAAGAAAAACAAGAUAUAAGCAGUGAAAAAAGAACAUCUGAUAGCAAGAGUGCUGUAAAACCAAAGGACUCACUUGAAAAUAUAAUACAAGAAUCACAACCUGAUGAAAAAGUAUCAACAACUAUAGAAUCAGGUGCAACAACAGCACCCACUCUUCCAGAAGAUGAACGUAUUCCAUUAGAUGAAAUAAAAGAAGACCAACAAAUUGAAGAAAAGUAUAUCAAAGAACAUACCAAGGAAAUUGUUCAACCAAAAGGAUCUUUCGACAUUCAAAAACCUACAAGCUUAGAAAGAGGAAUAAAACUUACACCGCAUCAAGUCCCAAUAAGGGAUAUCGUUAAAACCCCUGAUGAAGUUGCUGAUCUUCCAUUACACGAAGAAGUAGAUUAUAGGACAUAUGAAGAAAAGAAAACUCCUAUUACGGAAGAAGUAAUGAAGCGAAAGCACAGUGAAACAAUGAAAGAAACAAAAGUUCCAAAAGUAUUACCAUUGACUAUUAAAGAAGAUAAAGGAAUGCAAGAUAUAAAAACAAUUCAAGAAAAUGUUAUCGUUAGUACUAUUCAACGCCCGUCACAUCCAGAAUUAGUAACAGUUACCCCUGGAUCAGCUCCAGAAUCACCUAUGUAUCAAGACCAAAUGAAGGAGUUUGUAGCUGGAAAACCCUUAGAACCAGUUAAAGAAUAUGGAGACCGUCAAUAUAGUUACGGACAAUUUACAGAAGCAUUACGGGAAACGCAUAUUACUACUAUAGAUUCACCAAUUAAAGAAGACGUUAUGGGUAUAGAGGAAUUACAUACAAUGCCUGAUAAAAUUCCCUCAAUACCAGAAGACGUAGAAAAAGAAAUAGAAGAAGCACAAAAAUUAGAAUCUACAGAGAAACCCCCCCUUAGCCCGAAGGACGUUGAAAAAAUUGUAGCAGGUGUCGCCGAGGUACUUAAAUCUGAAAAAACUUUAGAGGAAUUAAUUGCGGAAAAAUCUCCAAUUUUAAUGAGAUCACCAGAAAAAUCGGCUCCCACAACUAUGCCCGAGGAUAAUAUAAUUGAAGCAACUAAAUCAUUUUUAUUGAGUCAAAAAGAUAUAAUACAUACUGAUCAUCCAUUACCACAAGUUGAAAAGCGAGCUGAAGACAGUGAGGAAUUAUACCGCAAAGAGAAGUCUAUUGAAACUACAGAAAAAAUGCAAAAAGAAGUUUCCCCAGUUAAGUCCAUAACAUCUGAAGAUGUAAGCGAAACUUCCGAAAAAACGGUUCUCAGUGAAAGUAAGAGACUUGCAAAUGACUUAAAAGACAAAUUGUUACCUGAAGAUAAAGAACAAGAGAAAUCUGAGAAACGCAUAAGCCUGACAUUAGAGUCUGCCAAAACACUAGAAAAAUUGGAAGAAAAAAUAGCGGAGUUGAAGAAAAAAGACGAAACUGAAAGCAAAGAAUUGGUUUCAACGACAUAUUCAAAAGAAAUAACGAGAGAUGAGAAAAAGCCUUUCAGUGAAGUUCUUGAAAAGGAACAUCCUACUGAAAGCUUGGAUGUAAGUAUUUCAAAGGCUGAAACUAAAUUAAGUCCUUCUUCUGACAAACUUGUUCCGAAACAAGUGAGUGCAGAUAAAGAUUUUGAGAUACAUAAAGAAGAAAUAACUAGCAAAGCAUCAAAGGAUAAGAAAAAAGAGACCAAGUCUGUCAUAGGAAGCUUCAUGGAUAAAUUUGAUGAGAAACUGAGUAAAGCCAAAGGAUUAUUCUCAAGAAAAAAUGAUAAGGUAUCUGAACCCGAAAAACUAAAAGAAUCUAUCGAUAUACCGCGGGAUAUAGAAAAACCUUUUAAAGAAUUAACUGCUAAUGAGCAAAAUAUGUUGCAAUUGAUAUCAUUCGAUGAUGAAGUUCAAAAAAUUAUUAAUACCUACUUUGUUUACGAUGAGCCUGAACAAACGAUGACGGAAAAAAUUGAUGACAUAAAAGAGAAUAAUGAUUCAAUAAAAAGAAUAAUUGUAACAAGAAUAAUAAAAACAAAGUUUUCAGAUAAACGAAACGUACUUCAAAAAUUAAAAAUUGUCACCAUAAUAACUACUACUUACGAAUAUCCAGAUGGGACUUACAAGACUGAAAUGAAUGGAAGCACAAUUCUUACUGAUGUAAAUGAAGAAAAUGAAUUUGAUAUAUUGGAAUUGAAUGAUUAUAAUAUUCUAGAAAGUAAAAAAAUGGAAGAAGAGCAAUCCGAAAGUAUGAUAAUUAUUAAUGGAAAAAGUACAAAACAAAGAAUGACAGUUGUAACCGUGAAAGAAAUAUUAACAACGAAAACGAGAUCUAAAUUUAAGGAAAAAGUAACCGUAAAUACUUCAAAGGAAAUAUUUAUAAACAGAAUUCCCACAACUGUACAUGUAAUUGUUAUCUAUAUUUCAGAUUAUAAUAUAAAACGACAAACUUGUGAAAAUCGAAAACUUUCAAAGGUUGUCAUAACAUCAAAACACUUAGAACCAGUACAUACACAUUUAAUUAAAGAAACAGACACGAAAGAAAAACCAAGUCAAGAAGAUGACGUUGAUUCAACCUUAAAGAAGCUUAUUUCAGACUCCAAUAAAGCAAGUUCUAUCACGAUGGUAGAAUCAAAGGAGCACCAUGUAAGCCAUGACAAAGAAACUUUUGAGGAACCAAGUCCUGAUAAAGAAACAGUUGCAGACAAAGCAAAGCCUUUCGAAAAAGAACCUAGCCCCUUAAAUGAGGUAAUUGAUAAAUUAGAGAAACCAACUAGUAAGGAGCCAAGCCCAGUUAAAGAAACAGUUGACGACAAAGAGAAGCUUUUCGAAAAGGAACAUAGCCCCGUUGAGGUGACCAUUGAUAAAUUCGAAAAACCAUCUGGUAAAGAGCCAAGUCCUAUUAAAGAAACAAUUGAUGACAAAGAAAAGUCUUCCAAAAAGGAGCCAAGCCCAGUUAAAGAAACAGUUGAUGACAAAGAGCAGCUUUUCGAAAAGGAACAUAGCCCCAUUGAGGUGACCAUUGAUAAAUUAGAGAAACCAUCUGGUAAGGAGCCAAGUCCUAUUAAAGAAACAAUUGAUGACAAAGAAAAGUCUUUCAAAAAGGAGCCAAGUCCUGUUAAAGAAACCGUUGAUGACAAAGAAAAGCCUUUCGAAAAGGAACCUAGCCACGUUAAGGAGGCAAUUGAUAAAUUGGACAAACCAACAGCUAAAGAGCCAAGUCCAGUCAAAGAAAUAGUUGAUGAUAAAACAAAACCUUUCGAAAAAGAACCUAGUCCCGAUAAGGAGAUAAUUGAUAAAUCAGAGCAACCUACUGGUAAGGAACAAAGUCCUGUUAAAGAAACAGUUGAUGGAAAAGCAAUGCCUUUAGAAAAAGAACCAAGCCCCGUAAGGAAGGUUGCUGACAAAUUAGAGAAACCAACUGCUAAGGAGCCAAGACCUGUUAAAGAAACAGUUGAUGACAAGGCAAAACCUUUCGAAAAAGAAGCGAGUCCCGUGAAGGAGGUUGCUGACAAAUUAGAAAAAGCAACUGCUAAGGAGCCAAGCCCUGUUACAGAAACAGUUGAUGACAAAGCAAAACCUGUCGAAACAGAACCGAGCCCCGUUAAGGAGGUUGCUGACAAAUUAGAGAAACCGACUGCUAAGGAGCCCAGCCCUGUAAAAGAAACAGUUGAUGACAAAGCAAAACCUGUAGAAACAGAACCGAGCCCCGUUAAGGAGGUUGCUGACAAAUUAGAGAAACCAACUGCUAAGGAGCCAAGCCCUGCUAAAGAAACAGUUGAUGACAAAGAAAAACCUUUCGAAAAAGAACCGAGCCCCGUUAAGGAGGUUGCUGACAAAUUAGAAAAAGCAACUGCUAAGGAGCCAAGCCCUGUUACAGAAACAGUUGAUGACAAAGCAAAACCUGUCGAAACAGAACCGAGCCCCGUUAAGGAAACAAUUGAUAAAUUGGAGCAACCACCAAGCAAGGAGCCAAGUCCUGUUAAAGAAACACUUGAUGACAAAGCAAAACCUUUCGAAAAAGAACCGAGCCCCGUUAAGGAGGUUGCUGACAAAUUAGAAAAAGCAACUGCUAAGGAGCCAAGCCCUGUUACAGAAACAGUUGAUUACGAAGCAAAACCUUUCGAAAAAGAACCGGGCCCCGUUAAGGAGGUUGGUGACAAAUUAGAAAAACCAACUGCUAAGGAGCCAAGCCCUGUUAAAGAAACAGUUGAUGACAAAGCAAAACCUUUCGAAAAAGAACCGAGCCCCGUUAAGGAGGUUGCUGACAAAUUAGAGAAACCAACUGCUAAGGAGUCAAGCCCUGUAAAGGAAACAAUUGAUAAAUUAGAGCAACCGACCAGUAAGGAGACAAGUCCUGUAAAAGAAAUAGUUGAUGAUAAAACGAAACCUUUGGAAAAAGAACCGAGCCCCGUUAAGGAGGCAAUUGAUAAAUUAGAGAAACCAACUGCUAAGGAGCCAAGCCCUGCUAAAGAAACAGUUGAUGACAAAGAAAAACCUUUCGAAAAAGAACCGAGCCCCGUUAAGGAGGUUGCUGACAAAUUAGAAAAAGCAACUGCUAAGGAGCCAAGCCCUGUUACAGAAACAGUUGAUGACAAAGCAAAACCUGUCGAAACAGAACCGAGCCCCGUUAAGGAGGUUGCUGACAAAUUAGAAAAAGCAACUGCUGAGGAGCCAAGCCCUGUAACAGAAAAAGUUGAUUACAAAGCAAAACCUUUCGAAAAAGAACCGAGCCCCGUUAAGGACUUUGCUGACAAAUUAGAGAAACCAACUGCUAAGGAGCCAAGCCCUGUAAAAGAAACAGUUGAUGACAAAGCAAAACCUGAAGAAACAGAACCGAGCCCCGCUAAGGAGGUUGCUGACAAAUUAGAGAAACCAACUGCUAAGGAGCCAAGCCCUGUAAAGGAAACAAUUGAUAAAUUAGAGCAACCGACCAGUAAGGAGACAAGUCCUGUAAAAGAAAUAGUUGAUGAUAAAACGAAACCUUUGGAAAAAGAACCGAGCCCCGUUAAGGAGGCAAUUGAUAAAUUAGAGCAACCAACUGCUAAGGAGCCAAGUCCUGUUAAAGAAACACUUGAUGACAAAGGAAAACCUUUCGAAAAAGAACAGAGCCCCGUGAAGGAGGUUGCUGACAAAUUAGAAAAAGCAACUGCUAAGGAGCCAAGCCCUGUUACAGAAACAGUUGAUGACAAAGCAAAACCUGUCGAAACAGAACCGAGCCCCGUUAAGGAGGUUGCUGACAAAUUAGAGAAACCGACUGCUAAGGAGCCCAGCCCUGUAAAAGAAACAGUUGAUGACAAAGCAAAACCUGUAGAAACAGAACCGAGCCCCGUUAAGGAGGUUGCUGACAAAUUAGUGAAACCAACUGCUAAGGAGCCAAGCCCUGCUAAAGAAACAGUUGAUGACAAAGCAAAACCUUUCGAAAAAGAACCGAGCCCCGUUAAGGAGGUUGCUGACAAAUUAGAAAAAGCAACUGCUAAGGAGCCAAGUCCUGUUACAGAAACAGUUGAUGACAAAGCAAAACCUGUCGAAACAGAACCGAGCCCCGUUAAGGAAACAAUUGAUAAAUUGGAGCAACCACCAAGCAAGGAGCCAAGUCCUGUUAAAGAAACACUUGAUGACAAAGCAAAACCUUUCGAAAAAGAACCGAGCCCCGUUAAGGAGGUUGCUGACAAAUUAGAAAAAGCAACUGCUGAGGAGCCAAGCCCUGUUACAGAAAAAGUUGAUUACAAAGCAAAACCUUUCGAUAAAGAACCGAGCCCCGUUAAGGACUUUGCUGACAAAUUAGAGAAACCAACUGCUAAGGAGCCAAGCCAGGUAAAAGAAACAGUUGAUGACAAAGCAAAACCUGUAGAAACAGAACCGAGCCCCGUUAAGGAGGUUGCUGACAAAUUAGAGAAACCAACUGCUAAGGAGCCAAGCCCUGUUAAGGAACUCAUUGAUAAAUUAGAGCAACCGACCAGUAAGGAGACAAGUCCUGUAAAAGAAAUAGUUGAUGAUAAAACGAAACCUUUGGAAAAAGAACCGAGCCCCGUUAAGGAGAUUGCUGACAAAUUAGAAAAAGCAACUGCUAAGGAGCCAAGCCCUGUUACAGAAACAGUUGAUGACAAAGCAAAACCUGUCGAAACAGAACCGAGCCCCGUUAAGGAGGUUGCUGACAAAUUAGAGAAACCGACUGCUAAGGAGCCAAGCCCCGUAAAAGAAACAGUUAAUGACAAAGCAAAACCUUUCGAAAAAGAACCUAGCCCCGUUAAGGAAACAAUUGAUAAAUUGGAGAAACAAACAAGCAAGGAGCCAAGUCCUGUUAAAGAAACACUUUAUGACAAAGCAAAACCUUUCGAAAAAGAACCGAGCCCCGUUAAGGAGGUUGCUGACAAAUUAGAACAACCAACUGUUAAGGAGCCAAGCCCUGUUAAAGAAACAGUUGAUGACAAAGCAAAACCUUUCGAAAAAGAACCGAGCCCCAUUAAGGAGGUUGCUGACAAAUUAGAGAAACCAACUGCUAAGGAGCCAAGCCCUGUAAAAGACACAGUUGAUGACAAAGCAAUACCUUUCGAAAAAGAACCUAGUCCCGUUAAGGAGGCAAUUGAUAAAUUAGAGCAACCAACUGCUAAGGAGCCAAGUCCUGUUACAGAAACAGUUGAUGACAAAGCAAAACCUGUCAAAACAGAACCGAGCCCCGUUAAGGAGGUUGCUGACAAAUUAGAGAAACCAACUGCUAAGGAGCCAAGCCCUGUUAAAGAAACAGUUGAUGACAAAGAAAAAACUUUCGAAAAAGAACCGAGCCCCGGUAAGGAGGCAAUUGAUAAAUUAGAGCAACCAGCCGGUAAGGAGCCAAGUCCUGUCAAAGAAAUAGUUGGUGAUAAAACAAAAACUUUCGAAAAAGAACCUAGCCCCGUUAAGGAGGUUGCUGACAAAUUAGAGAAACCAACUGCUAAGGAGCCAAGCCCUGUAAAAGACACAGUUGAUGACAAAGCAAUACCUUUCGAAAAAGAACCUAGUCCCGUUAAGGAGGCAAUUGAUAAAUUAGAGCAACCAACUGCUAAGGAGCCAAGUCCUGUUACAGAAACAGUUGAUGACAAAGCAAAACCUGUCAAAACAGAACCGAGCCCCGUUAAGGAGGUUGCUGACAAAUUAGAGAAACCGACUGCUAAGGAGCCAAGCCCCGUAAAAGAAACAGUUGAUGACAAAGCAAAACCUUUCGAAAAAGAACCUAGCCCCGUUAAGGAAACAAUUGAUAAAUUGGAGCAACAAACAAGCAAGGAGCCAAGUCCUGUUAAAGAAACACUUGAUGACAAAGCAAAACCUUUCGAAAAAGAACCGAGCCCCGUUAAGGAGGUUGCUGACAAAUUAGAACAACCAACUGCUAAGGAGCCAAGCCCUGUUAAAGAAACAGUUGAUGACAAAGCAAAACCUUUCGAAAAAGAACCGAGCCCCAUUAAAGAGGUUGCUGACAAAUUAGAGAAACCAACUGCUAAGGAGCCAAGCCCUGUAAAAGACACAGUUGAUGACAAAGCAAUACCUUUCGAAAAAGAACCUAGUCUCGUUAAGGAGGCAAUUGAUAAAUUAGAGCAACCAACUGCUAAGGAGCCAAGUCCUGUUACAGAAACAGUUGAUGACAAAGCAAAACCUGUCAAAACAGAACCGAGCCCCGUUAAGGAGGUUGCUGACAAAUUAGAGAAACCGACUGCUAAGGAGCCAAGCCCCGUAAAAGAAACAGUUGAUGACAAAGCAAAACCUUUCGAAAAAGAACCUAGCCCCGUUAAGGAAACAAUUGAUAAAUUGGAGCAACAAACAAGCAAGGAGCCAAGUCCUGUUAAAGAAACACUUGAUGACAAAGCAAAACCUUUCGAAAAAGAACCGAGCCCCGUUAAGGUGGUUGCUGACAAAUUAGAGAAACCGACUGCUAAGGAGCCAAGCCCCGUAAAAGAAACAGUUGAUGACAAAGCAAAACCUUUCGAAAAAGAACCUAGCCCCGUUAAGGAAACAAUUGAUAAAUUGGAGCAACAAACAAGCAAGGAGCCAAGUCCUGUUAAAGAAACACUUGAUGACAAAGCAAAACCUUUCGAAAAAGAACCGAGCCCCGUUAAGGAGGUUGCUGACAAAUUAGAACAACCAACUGCUAAGGAGCCAAGCCCUGUUAAAGAAACAGUUGAUGACAAAGCAAAACCUUUCGAAAAAGAACCGAGCCCCAUUAAGGAGGUUGCUGACAAAUUAGAGAAACCAACUGCUAAGGAGCCAAGCCCUGUAAAAGACACAGUUGAUGACAAAGCAAUACCUUUCGAAAAAGAACCUAGUCCCGUUAAGGAGGCAAUUGAUAAAUUAGAGCAACCAACUGCUAAGGAGCCAAGUCCUGUUAAAGAAACACUUGAUGACAAAGGCAAACCUUUCGAAAAAGAACAGAGCCCCGUUAAGGAGGUUGCUGACAAAUUAGAAAAAGCAAUUGCUAAGGAGCCAAGCCCUGUUACAGAAACAGUUGAUUACAAAGCAAAACCUGUCGAAACAGAACCGAGCCCCGUUAAGGAGGUUGCUGACAAAUUAGAGAAACAAACUGCUAAGGAGCCAAGCCCUGUUAAAGAAACAGUUGAUGACAAAGCAAAACCUUUCGAAAAAGAACCGAGCCCCGUUAAGGAGGUUGCUGACAGAUUAGAGAAACCAACCGCUAAGGAGGCAAGCCCUGUAAAAGAAACAGUUGAUGACAAAACAAUACCUUUCGAAAAAGAACCUAGCCCCAUUAAGGAGGCAAUUUAUAAAUUAGAGAAACCAACAGCUAAAGAGCCAAGUACUGUAAAAGAAACAGUUGAUGACAAAGCAAAACAUUUCGAAAAAGAACCGAGCCCCAUUAAGGAGGUUGCUAACAAAUUAGAGAAACCAACUGGUAAGGAGCCAAGUCCUGUUAAAGAAACUGUUAAUGACAAAGAAAAGCCUUUCGAAAAAGAACCGAGCCCCGUUAAGGAGAUUGCUGAAAAAUUAGAGAAACCAUCUGCUAAGGAGACAAGCCCUGUUAAAGAAACAGUUGAUGACAAAGAAAAACCUUUCGAAAAAGAACCGAGCCCCGUUAAGGAGGUUGCUGACAAAUUAGAGAAACCAACUGCUAAGGAGCCAAGCCCUGUAACAGAAACAGUUGAUGACAAAGCAAUACCUUUCGAAAAAGAACCUUGUCCCGUCAAGGAGACAAUUGAUAAAUUAGAGCAACCAACCGGUAAGGAGCCAAGUCCUGUCAAAGAAAUGGUUGAAGAUAAAACAAAACUUUUCGAAAAAGAACCUAGUCCCGUUAAGGAGGCAAUUGAUAAAUUAGAGCAACCAGCCGGUAAGGAGCCAAGUCCUGUCAAAGAAACAGUUGGUGAUAAAACAAAAACUUUCGAAAAAGAACCUAGUCCCGUUAAGGAGGCAAUUGAUAAAUUAGAGAAACCAACAGCUAAAGAGCCAAGUCCUGUUAAAGAAAAAGUUGAUGAAAAAGCACAAAUCUUCGAAAAAGAACCGAGCCCCGUUAAGGAGGUUGCUGACAAAUUAGAAAAAGCAACUGCUAAGGAGCCAAGCCCUGUUAAAGAAACAGUUGAUGACAAAGCAAAACCUUUCGAAAAAGAACCGAGCUCCGUUAAGGAGGUUGCCUACAAAUUUGAGAAACCAACUGCUAAGGAGCCAAGCCCUAUCAAAGAAACAAUUGAUGACAAAGCAAAACCUUUCGAAAAAGAACCGAGCCCCGUUAAGGAGGUUGCUGACAAAUUAGAACAACCAACUGCUAAGGAGCCAAGCCCUGUUACAGAAACAGUUGAUUACGAAGCAAACAUUGUCGAAACAGAACCGAGCCCUGUUAAGGAGGUUGCUGACAAGUUAGAGAAACUAACUGCUAAGGAGCUAAGCCCUGUUAAAGAAACAGUUGAUGACAAAGCAAAACCUUUCGAAAAAGAACCGAGCCCCGUUAAGGAGAUUGCUGAAAAAUUAGAGAAACCAACUGCUAAGGAGCCAAGCCCUGUUACAGAAACAGUUGAUUACGAAGCAAACAUUGUCGAAACAGAACCGAGCCCUGUUAAGGAGGUUGCUGACAAGUUAGAGAAACUAACUGCUAAGGAGCUAAGCCCUGUUAAAGAAACAGUUGAUGACAAAGCAAAACCUUUCGAAAAAGAACCGAGCCCCGUUAAGGAGAUUGCUGAAAAAUUAGAGAAACCAACUGCUAAGGAGCCAAGUCCUGUUACAGAAACAGUUGAUGACAACGCAAUACCUUUCGAAAAAGAACCUAGUCCCGUCAAGGAGACAAUUGAUAAAUUAGAGCAACCAACCGGUAAGAAGCCAAGUCCUGUUAAAGAAACAGUUGAUGAAAACGCAAUACCUUUCGAAAAAGAACCUAGUCCCGUCAAGGAGACAAUUGAUAAAUUAGAGCAACCAACCAGUAAGGAGCCAAGUCCUGUUAAAGAAACAGUUGAUGACAAAGCAAAACCUUUCGAAAAAGAACCUAGUCCCGUUAAGGAGACAAUUGAUAAAUUAGAGCAACCAGCCGGUAAGGAGCCAAGUCCUGUCAAAGAAAUAAUUGGCGAUAAAACAAAACCUUUCGAAAAAGAACCGAUUCCCGUUAAGGAGACGAUUGAUAAAUCAGAGCAACCAGCCGGUAAGGAGCCAAGUCCUGUCAAAGAAAUAAUUGGCGAUAAAACAAAACCUUUCGAAAAAGAACCGAUUCCCGUUAAGGAGACAAUUGACAAAUCAGAGCAACCAGCCGGUAAGGAGCCAAGUCCUGUUAAAGAAAAAAUUGAUGACAAAGCAAAACCUUUCGAAAAAGAACCGAGCCCCAUUAAGGAGGUUUCUGACAAAUUAGAAAAAGCAACUGCUAAGGAGCCAAGCCCUGUUAAAGAAACAGUUGAUGAAAAAGCAAAACCUUUCGAAAAAGAACCGAGCCCCGUUAAGGAGGUUGCUGACAAAUUAGAAAAAGCAACUGCUAAGGAGCCAAGCCCUGUUACAGAAACAGUUGAUAACGAAGCAAAACCUUUCGAAAAAGAACCGAGCCCCGUUAAGGAGGUUGGUGACAAAUUAGAAAAACCAACUGCUAAGGAGCCAAGCCCUGUUAAAGAAACAGUUGAUGACAAAGCAAAACCUUUCGAAAAAGAACCGAGCCCCGUUAAGGAGGUUGCUGACAAAUUAGAGAAAGCAACUGCUUACGAGCCAAGUCCUGUCAAAGAAAUAGUUGAUGAUAAAACAAAACCUUUUGAAAAAGAACCGAGCCCCGUUAAGAAGACAAUUGAUAAAUCAGAGCAACCAGCCGGUAAGGAGCCAAGUCCUGUCAAAGAAACAGUUGGUGAAAAAGCACAAAUCUUCGAAAAAGAACCGAGCCCCGUUAAGGAGGUUGCUGACAAAUUAGAAAAAGCAACUGCCAAGGAGCCAAUUCCUGUUAAAGAAACAGUGGAUGACAAAGCAAAACCUUUUGAAAAAGAACCGAGCCCAGUAAAGGAGGUUGCUGUCAAAUUAGAGAAACCAACUGGUAAGGAGCCAAGUCCUGUUAAAGAAACAGUUGAUGACAAAGCAAUAGCUUUCGAAAAAGAACCUAGCCCUGAUAAGGAGGCAAUUGAUAAAUUAGAGAAGCCAACAGCUAAAGAGCCAAUUCAUGUUAAUGAAAAAGUUGAAGAAAAAGCACAACUCGUCAAUAAAGAACCGAGCCCCGUUAAGGAGGUUGCUGACAAAUUAGAAAAAGCAACUGCCGAGGAGCCAAGUAUUGUUAGAGAAACAGUUGAUGACAAAGCAAAACCUUUCGAAAAAGAACCGAGCCCAGUUCAGGAGGUUGCUGACAAAUUAGAGAAACCAACUGCUAAGGAGCCAAGCCCUGUUACAGAAACAGUUGAUUACGAAGCAAACAUUGUCGAAACAGAACCGAGCCCCGUUAAGGAGGUUGCUGACAAGUUAGAGACACUAACUGAUAAGGAGCUAAGCCCUGUUAAAGAAACAGUUGAUGACAAAGCAAAACCUUUCGAAAAAGAACCGAGCCCCGUUAAGGAGAUUGCUGACAAAUUAGAGAAAGCAACUGCUAAGGAGCCAAGUCCUGUUACAGAAACAGUUGAUGACAACGCAAUACCUUUCGAAAAAGAACCUAGUCCCGUCAAGGAGACAAUUGAUAAAUUGGAGCAACCAACCGGUAAGAAGCCAAGUCCUGUUACAGAAACAGUUGAUGACAACGCAAUACCUUUCGAAAAAGAACCUAGUCCCGUCAAGGAGACAAUUGAUAAAUUAGAGCAACCAACCAGUAAGGAGCCAAGUCCUGUUACAGAAAAAGUUGAGGAAAAAGCACAACUCGUCAAAAAAGAACCGAGCCCCGUUAAGGAGGUUGCCGACAAAUUAGAGAAACUAACUGCUAAGGAGCCAAGUCCUGUUAAAGAAACAGUUGAUGACAAAGCAAUAGCUUUCGAAAAAGAACCUAGCCCUGUUAAGGAGGCAAUUGAUAAAUUAGAGAAACAAACAGCUAAAGAGCCAAGUCCUGUUACAGAAAAAGUUGAGGAAAAAGCACAACUCGUCAAAAAAGAACCGAGCCCCGUUAAGGAGGUUGCUGACAAAUUAGAGAAACCUACUGCUAAGGAGCCAAGCCCUGCUAAAGAAACAGUUGAUGACAAAGCAAAACCUUUCGAAAAAGAACCGAGCCCCGUUAAGGAGGUUGCUGACAAAUUAAAAAAAGCAACUGCUAAGGAGCCAAGCCCUGUUACAGAAACAGUUGAUGACAAAGCAAAACCUGUCGAAACAGAACCGAGCCCCGUUAAGGAGAAUGCUGACAAAUUAGAGAAACCGACUGUUAAGGAGCCCAGCCCUGUAAAAGAAACAGUUGAUGACAAAGCAAAACCUUUCGAAAAAGAACCGAGCCCCGUUAAGGAGGUUGCUGACAAAUUAGAAAAAGCAACUGCUAAGGAGCCAAGCCCUGUUACAGAAACAGUUGAUGACAAAGCAAAACCUGUCGAAACAGAACCGAGCCCCGUUAAGGAAACAAUUGAUAAAUUGGAGCAACCACCAAGCAAGGAGCCAAGUCCUGUUAAAGAAACACUCGAUGACAAAGCAAAACCUUUCGAAAAAGAACCGAGCCCCGUUAAGGAGGUUGCUGAUAAAUUAGAGAAACCAACUGCUAAAGAGCCAAGCCCUGUUAAAGAAACAGUUGAUGACAAAGCAAAACCUUUCGAAAAAGAACCGAGCCCCGUUAAGGAGGUUGCUGACAAAUUAGAAAAAGCAACUGCUAAGGAGCCAAGCCCUGUUACAGAAAAAGUUGAUGACAAAGCAAAACCUGUCGAAACAGAACCGAGCCCCGUUAAGGAGGAUGCUGACAAAUUAGAGAAACCGACUGCUAAGGAGCCCAGCCCUGUAAAAGAAACAGUUGAUGACAAAGCAAAACCUUUCGAAAAAGAACCGAGCCCUGUUAAGGAGGUUGCUGAUAAAUUAGAGAAACCAACUGCUAAGGAGCCCAGCUCUGUAAAAGAAACAGUUGAUGACAAAGCAAAACCUUUCGAAAAAGAACCGAGCCCCGUUAAGGAGGUUGCUGACAAAUUAGAAAAAGCAACUGCUAUGGAGCUAAGCCCUGUUACAGAAACAGUUGAUGACAAAGCAAAACCUGUCGAAACAGAACCGAGCCCCGUUAUGGAAACAAUUGAUAAAUUGGAGCAACCACCAAGCAAGGAGCCAAGUCCUGUUAAAGAAACACUCGAUGACAAAGCAAAACCUUUCGAAAAAGAACCGAGCCCCGUUAAGGAGGUUGCUGAUAAAUUAGGGAAACCAACUGCUAAAGAGCCAAGCCCUGUUAAAGAAACAGUUGAUGACAAAGUAAAACUUAUCGAAAAAGAACCGAGCCCCGUUAAGGAGGUUGCUGACAAAUUAGAAAAAGCAACUGCUAAGGAGCCAAGCCCUGUUACAGAAACAGUUGAUGACAAAGCAAAACCUGUAGAAACAGAUCCGAGCCCCGUUAAGGAGGAUGCUGACAAAUUAGAUAAACCGACUGCUAAGGAGCCCAGCCCUGUAAAAGAAACAGUUGAUGACAAAGCAAAACCUUUCGAAAAAGAACCGAGCCCCGUUAAGGAAGUUGCUGACAAAUUAGAAAAAGCAACUGCUAAGGAGCCAAGCCCUGUUACAGAAACAGUUGAUGACGAAGCAAAACCUGUCGAAACAGAACCGAGCCCCGUUAAGGAAACAAUUGAUAAAUUGGAGCAACCACCAAGCAAGGAGCCAAGUCCUGUUAAAGAAACACUUGAUGACAAAGCAAAACCUUUCGAAAAAGAACCGAGCCCCGUUAAGGAGGUUGCUGAUAAAUUAGAGAAACCAACUGCUAAAGAGCCAAGCCCUGUUAAAGAAACAGUUGAUGACAAAGCAAAACCUUUCGAAAAAGAACCGAGCCCCGUUAAGGAGGUUGCUGACAAAUUAGAAAAAGCAACUGCUAAGGAGCCAAGCCCUGUUACAGAAACAGUUGAUGACAAAGCAAAACCUGUUGAAACAGAACCGAGCCCCGUUAAGGAGGAUGCUGACAAAUUAGAGAAACCGACUGCUAAGGAGCCCAGCCCUGUAAAAGAAACAGUUGAUGACAAAGCAAAACCUUUCGAAAAAGAACCGAGCCCCGUUAAGGAGGUUGCUGACAAAUUAGAAAAAGCAACUGCUAAGGAGCCAAGCCCUGUUACAGAAACAGUUGAUGACAAAGCAAUACCUUUCGAAAAAGAACCUAGUCCGAUCAAGGAGACAAUUGAUAAAUUAGAGCAACCAACCGGUAAGGAGCCAAGUCCUGUUAAAGAAACAAUUGAUGACAAAGCAAUACCUUUCGAAAAAGAACCUAGCCCGAUCAAGGAAACAAUUGAUAAAUUAGAGCAAUCAACCAGUAAGGAGCCAAGUCCUGUCAAAGAAACAGUAGAUGAUAAAACAAAACUUUUCGAAAAAGUACCAAGUCCCGUCAAGGAGACAAUUGAUAAAUUAGAGCAAUCAACCAGUAAGGAGCCAAGUCCUGUCAAAGAAACAGUAGAUGAUAAAACAAAACCUUUUGAAAAAGAACAGAGUCCCGUUAAGGAGACAAUUGAUAAAUUAAAGCAACCAACCGGUAAGGAGCCAAGUCCUGUUAAAGAAACAAUUGAUGACAAAGCAAUACCUUUCGAAAAAGAACCUAGUCCCGUCAAGGAGACAAUUGAUAAAUUAGAGCAACCAACCGGUAAGGAGCCAAGUCCUGUCAAAGAAACACUAGAUGAUAAAACAAAACCUUUCGAAAAAGAACCUAGUCCCGUCAAGGAGACAAUUGAUAAAUUAGAGCAAUCAACCAGUAAGGAGCCAAGUCCUGUCAAAGAAACAGUAGAUGAUAAAACAAAACCUUUUGAAAAAGAACAGAGUCCCGUUAAGGAGACAAUUGAUAAAUUAAAGCAACCAACCGGUAAGGAGCCAAGUCCUGUUAAAGAAACAAUUGAUGACAAAGCAAUACCUUUCGAAAAAGAACCUAGUCCCGUCAAGGAGACAAUUGAUAAAUUAGAGCAACCAACCGGUAAGGAGCCAAGUCCUGUCAAAGAAACACUAGAUGAUAAAACAAAACCUUUCGAAAAAGAACCUAGUCCCGUCAAGGAGACAAUUGAUAAAUUAGAGCAACCAACCGGUAAGGAGCCAAGUCCUGUCAAAGAAACAGCAGAUGAUAAAACAAAACCUUUUGAAAAAGAACCGAGCCCCGUUAAGGAGGUUGCUGACAAAUUAGAAAAAGCAACUGCUAAGGAGCCAAGCCCUGUUACAGAAACAGUUGAUGACAAAGCAAUACCUUUCGAAAAAGAACCUAGCCCGAUCAAGGAAACAAUUGAUAAAUUAGAGCAAUCAACCAGUAAGGAGCCAAGUCCUGUCAAAGAAACAGUAGAUGAUAAAACAAAACUUUUCGAAAAAGAACCAAGUCCCGUCAAGGAGACAAUUGAUAAAUUAGAGCAACCAACCGGUAAGGAGCCAAGUCCUGUUACAGAAACAGUUGAUGACAAAGCAAAACCUUUCGAAAAAGAACCGAGCCCCGUUAAGGAGGUUGCUGACAAAUUAGAGAAAGAAACUGCUAAGGAGCCAAGCCCUGUUAAAGAAAAAGUUGAUGACAAAGCAAUACCUUUUGAAAAGGAACCUAGCCCCGUAAAGGAGGCAGUUGAUAAAUCAGAGAAACCAACUGGUAAGGAUCCAAGUCCAGUUAAAGAAAAAGAACCUAGUCCCGUUAAGGAGACGAUUGACACAUCAGAAAAAGCAAUCAGCAAGGAGCCAAGCCCUGUUAAAGAAAUUGCUGAUGACAAAGCAAAACCUUUAGAAAAAGAACCUAGUCCUGUUAAGGAGACAAUUUAUGAAUUAGAAAAACAAAUUGAAAAGGAGCCAAGUCCUGUUAAAGAAGCAGUUGAUGAAAAAGCAAAACUUUUCGAAAAAGAACCUAGCCCCGUUAAAGAGGUUGCCGACAAAUUAGAGAAACCAACUGAUAAGGAGUCAAGUCCGGUUAAAGGGACAGUUGAUGACAAAGAAAAGCCUUUCGAAAAAGAACCUAGCCCCCUUAAAGAGGUUACUGACAAAUCAGAAAAACUGACCAGUAAGGUCCCAAGUCCUGUUAAAGAAACAGUUGAUGAGAAAGCAAAAUCUUUCGAAAAGGAACCUAGCCCCGCUAGGGAUACAAUUGAUAAAUUAGAGCAACCAACUGGUAAGGAGCCAAGCCCUGUUAAAGAAUCAGUUGCGGACAAAGGGAAAAUUUUCGAUAAGGAACCGAUUCUCGUUAAAAAGGUUAUUGAUAAAUUAGAACAACCAACUGAAAGGGAGCCAAGCCCUGUUAAAGAAACAGUUGAUGAUAAAGAAAAACGUGUCGAAAAAGAACCUAGUCCCGUCAAGGAGACAAUUGAUAAAUUAGAGCAACCAACCGGUAAGGAGCCAAGUCCUGUCAAAGAAACAGCAGAUGAUAAAACAAAACCUUUUGAAAAAGAACCGAGCCCCGUUAAGGAGCCAAGUCCUGUUACAGAAACAGUUGAUGACAAAGCAAUACCUUUAGAAAAAGAACCUAGUCCUGUUAAGGAGAUAAUUAAUGAAUUAGAAAAACAAAUUGAAAAGGAGCCAAGUCCUGUUAAAGAAGCAGUUGAUGAAAAAGCAAAACCUUUCAAAAAAGAACCUAGCCCCGUUAAAGAGGUUGCCGACAAAUUAGAGAAACCAACUGAUAAGGAGUCAAGUCCGGUUAAAGUAACAGUUGAUGACCAAGAAAAGCCUUUCGAAAAAGAACCUAGCCCCGUUAAAGAGGUUACUGGCAAAUCAGAAAAACUGACCAGUAAGGUCCCAAGUCCUGUUAAAGAAACAGUUGAUGAGAAAGCAAAAUCUUUCGAAAAGGAACCUAGCCCCGCUAGGGAUACAAUUGAUAAAUUAGAGCAACCAACUGGUAAGGAGCCAAGUCCAGUUAAAGAAAAAGAACCUAGUCCCGUUAAGGAGACGAUUGACACAUCAGAAAAACCAAUCAGCAAGGAGCCAAGCCCUGUUAAAGAAAUUGCUGAUGACAAAGCAAAACCUUUAGAAAAAGAACCUAGUCCUGUUAAGGAGACAAUUUAUGAAUUAGAAAAACAAAUUGAAAAGGAGCCAAGUCCUGUUAAAGAAGCAGUUGAUGAAAAAGCAAAACCUUUCGAAAAAGAACCUAGCCCCGUUAAAGAGGUUGCCGACAAAUUAGAGAAACCAACUGAUAAGGAGUCAAGUCCGGUUAAAGGAACAGUUGAUGACAAAGAAAAGCCUUUCGAAAAAGAACCUAGCCCCGUUAAAGAGGUUACUGACAAAUCAGAAAAACUGACCAGUAAGGUCCCAAGUCCUGUUAAAGAAACAGUUGAUGAGAAAGCAAAAUCUUUCGAAAAGGAACCUAGCCCCGCUAGGGAUACAAUUGAUAAAUUAGAGCAACCAACUGGUAAGGAGCCAAGCCCUGUUAAAGAAUCAGUUGCGGACAAAGGGAAAAUUUUUGAUAAGGAACCGAUUCUCGUUAAAAUGGUUAUUGAUAAAUUAGAACAACCAACUGAAAGGGAGCCAAGCCCUGUUAAAGAAACAGUUGAUGAUAAAGAAAAACGUGUCGAAAAAGAAACUAGUCCCGUCAAGGAGACAAUUGAUAAAUUAGAGCAACCAACCGGUAAGGUGCCAAGUCCUGUCAAAGAAACAGUAGAUGAUAAAACAAAACCUUUCGAAAAAGAACCGAGCCCAGUUAAGGAGGUUGCUGACAAAUUAGAGAAAGAAGCUGCUAAGGAGCCAAGCCCUGUUAAAGAAAUUGUUGAUGAUAAAACAAAACCUUUCCAAAAAGAACCUAGUCCCGAUAAGGAGGCAAUUGAUAAAUUAGAGCAACCAACCGGUAAGGAGCCAAGUCAUGUUAAAGAAACACUUGAUGACAAAGCAAAACCUUUCGAAAAAGAUCCGAGCCCCGUUAAGGAGGUUGCUGACAAAUUAGAAAAAGCAACUGCUAAGGAGCCAAGUCAUGUUAAAGAAACACUUGAUGACAAAGCAAAACCUUUCGAAAAAGAUCCGAGCCCCGUUAAGGAGGUUGCUGACAAAUUAGAAAAAGCAACUGCUAAGCAGCCAAGCCCUGUUACAGAAGCAGUUGAUGACAAAGCAAAACAUUUCGAAAAAGAACCGACUCCCGUUAAGGAGGUUGCUGACAAAUUAGAGAAAGCAACUGCUAAGGAGCCAAGCCCUGUUAAAGAAACAGUUGAUGACAAAGCAAUACCUUUGGAAAAGGAACCUAGCCCCGUAAAGGAGGCAGUUGAUAAGUCAGAGAAACCAACUGGUAAGGAUCCAAGUCCAGUUAAAGAAAAAGAACCUAGUCCCGUUAAGGAGACAAUUGACACAUCAGAAAAAUCAAUCAGCAAGGAGCCAAGCCCUGUUAAAGAAAUUGCUGAUGACAAAGCAAAACCUUUCGAAAAAGAACCUAGCCCCGUUAAAGAAGUUGCCGACAAAUUAGAGAAACCAACUGAUAAGGAGUCAAGUCCGGUUAAAGGAACAGUUGAUGACAAAGAAAAGCCUUUUGAAAAAGAACCUAGCCCCGUUAAAGAGGUUACUGAAAAAUCAGAAAAACUGACCAGUAAGGUCCCAAGUCCUGUUAAAGAAACAGUUGAUGUGAAAGCAAAAUCUUUCGAAAAAGAACCUAGCCCCGUUAGGGAUACAAUUGAUAAAUUAGAGCAACCAACUGGUAAGGGGCCAAGCCCUGUUAAAGAAUCAGUUGCGGACAAAGGGAAAAUUUUCGAUAAGGAACCGAUUCUCGUUAAAAAGGUUUCUGAUAAAUUAGAACAACCAACUGAAAGGGAGCCAAGCCCUGUUAAAGAAACAGUUGAUGAUAAAGAAAAACGUGUAGAAAAAGAACCUAGUCCCGUCAAGGAGACAAUUGAUAAAUUAGAGCAACCAUUUGGUAAGGAAUCGAGCCCAGUUAAACAAUCUGUUGAAGAUAAAGAGAAGUCUUUCCAAAAAGAACCUUCGGGACUAGAAACGUCACCACUAAGAGGGACAGUUUUAGAAUCAACUAAGUAUGAAACUUCUACAUUCGAUAUGCCUUCCGAGAUUGAAUUGAUUUCGGAUAAUUUGAAAGUACAUGGAUUUAAAUCUUUUGGUAAAAUGAAAAUCGAUACGAAUGUUCUUAAAGAAUCAAUAACUGAAAAUAGCAUAUGCUUAAAAAGAAAAAGAACAAUUACAACAUUUACUCAAUACUUUGUUAAUUUAUCAGAGAAUAUUAGAAAAACUGUGAUUGUCAAAAGAUGUUUAACGGAGGAUGAAUAUCCUGAUGGAAAUAUUGUGUUUAGCAAAGCCGAAGAUACUUCAACAUUUGAUGAAGUAAUCUCCCCAACGGAAAAAUUAGAUAUAAUUAAGCAAUUUGAAUUACCAAUUGAUCAAGGAAAGAUACAGUUUAAUGGUCAAACAAAUGGCGACCUCUUAGACAAACACAAAAUAUUCGAUAGUAAGGGAAGUCUACCCGAGGACCACGACCUUAUGUCUAGGAGCCUAUACCAGCAACAAAAGCAUACAUUAGAAGAUUCUAUCAGCGGUGAAAUAAAUGCAAAAAUUGAAAAAGAAAAGAAAAUAAUUAAAUCAUCACCCGAUGUCUUAACUGAAAGCACUUAUAGUAGCUCUGAAGACGUGUCCAAGGAAGUUAGCUUAGAAGAAAAAUAUAGUUUUGAAAGUACAGAAAAAGAUAAGAAAACGACGAGCACCAAGACAGCAAAACAAUUGGAAAAACAUCUACAAAAAUCAGAUAAAAUAGAGCAAGAUCGAAUACCACCCACGCAAAUGGUGACUGACAAUUCAGAAGAUGCUGUACAAUUUAUGGAGUCUAUUAAAAAAGCAUUUACUGAUGAUAUUAUACAGCAAGGCAUUAAAACUGAAAGUACUGAAUCCUUAGUAGUUCAUUCGGAAAUUGACAGAGUGUCUACACCACCAACUGUACCUGUCAGUCCUCUUCCGAAGACUCCCAGUGCUUUUUAUGACGUUAAAAUGAGCGAUGGGGUUCAGAGCGAGAUUUCAUAUGAUAAAUCAGAGGGUAGUGAAGAGACAAUUACAAAAAUUGUACACGUUGGCGAGGACGUCCUUACACAAAAAAUUUCUACAUCGACAGAAAAGGUACCGAAGACCAUUAGAAGUACGACAGAGAGUGAUGAUAGUUCUGAUAUACAAGCUCUAACGCAAACCGUAGGCAAAAUCAAGACGGAAACUGAUACUGUCACAAAGAUAAUAAAAGAAGGUGAAAAUGUUGUUACCCAAACAAUAACAACUGUAACAACAAAAGAAAUAAUUUCCAAAGAGGAUGGAACUCCACAAAACGUUAAAACAACUAUAGAAACGACAACUUUGAGUAGAAGUUCAGAUGGCUCUACAACCACAACGAAGGACACUCAAACAUUAUUAUCUGAAUGUUCUUCUAGUCUUAGAUCUACAUCUCAAAUGGAUAUUUUAACUAAAGACGACACCGUGGACAAAGACAGCAUAGGAUCUCGAGAUGAGAGUCAUCAAACAGAAUCAAGUGGCUAUGAGGAAGAUAAGGAACCAAAACGAAAAUAUAAAACCCAAGAAGCCCAGUGGGAAACUGAUGAUCAUGAUAAUGUUGAAGAUACAACUAUAGACACGGAUGUUAGUAAACGUGUAAUUAAAGAAAAUGGUAUUGAUGUAGUAGAAACAAUAACAACAGUUACUAAAAAAGAAACAUUAAGAGUAGAAGAUAAUAAAAAAGUUAUAAAAACAACAAUUGAGACAAAUAUUUGUAAAGAAAAGCCUGACGGUUCCAAGGAUAUACAGAAGAAGGUAGAAGUAAGAACUGAAGAAUUAACUACUGAUGGAAGUAAUAAUAUUGAAAAAAUUAUUGAUGGCCUAAAUAUAUAUGAAGAUCCAGAAGAAAAUGUUUCCACCAAAGUCGAAAAUAUAUUUGAAGAGGGUAUGUCAAUUAAGAGAACAAUUACCACAAAAGUAAUUAAAACAAAAUAUGCUGAUACUGAAGGGCAUAUAAAAAAAAUGAAAACCCUUACGACUGUGACUACGACUGACCAAUAUCCUGAUGGUUCUUCCAAUACAAAAGUAGAUAGUAGUAUAUCUGUUAUAGACCUCAGCGCACCUGAUCUUCUAGAUAGUGUAGAAUUAAGAGAUUUUACAAUACUAGAAGACAAACAAGUAAAUACAGAAAAGCAAGAAAAAAGCAUAAUUAUAAAUGGACAAAAUGCUCAGCAGAUCGUAACAAUAACAACGACUAAAGAAAUUUUAUCAUCAAUUGAUAAGUUAAGAAAAAAAAUAAAAACAACGGUUGAAACUGUCACUGAAUCUAUGUUACCAGAAGGUAUUGUUGAGGUUACAAGAGAUGUAAAGGUUUCUAUUUCAGACUAUCAAAGUGAUGACGACACACAAAGCUUUGAAGGCUUUACUGCAGAGAAGGAUCCUCAAGAAGAAUGCAAAAAAUACUAUGAAACUAUUGUUGUGAAUGGUGAAACCAUUAAGAGGAUAAGAACUGUAACUAUAACUAAACAAUACUUUAACAAUAUAGAAACAAACAUUAGAAGAACAAAAACUACUACAAAGGAAGUUACCGAAGAUGAGUACACCGAUGGUUCUAUCGUUUCAAAAACAAGCGAAAAAGUAUCUAUAACAGAUGAACCACUGGAACUUUUUGCCAAGAUUCAACCCAAAAUAACAUUACUCGAAGGCUCUUGUGAAGAUGAUGAAAGCAAAGCUAAAGUGCUUGAUUCUACGAAUAUCGAAAAUGAAGACAACAAAGAUGUGAAUAUAGAAACUAAAGAAAAUUUUAUAACCAAAGAUGGAAAGUUACUUAAGCAAAUAGUAACAACAACUACAACUAAAGAAAUGGUAUCUUCGGCAAAUGAACCUACAAAGAAAAUCAAAAUAACGGUGGAAACAAUUACUGAAACUGAGCUACCUAACGGUACAAUUGAAGUGUUGAAAGAUGUGAAAGUAUCAAUUGCAGAAGUCGAUAAAGAAAAAACGGAUGUAAGCUUUGCAGACUACACAGAAGUCGGUGAACCACAUACUGAAACAGAUUCCAAAUCUGAAAAAUUAUUAGAAAAUGGAAUCGAAAUAACUAGGACUACAACCAUAACGACUAUCAAACAACAAUACCAAAGUAAUAAAACCUAUUCAAGAAAAGCUAAAACUACUGUUAGAACUACUAUUGAAGACCAGUAUCCUGAUGGCACAAUUGUAACAAAAAAGAGUGAAAAAGUAUUAAUUGAAGAUAUUUAUUCAGAAAUAACACCGACUGAUGAUGAUUCACAAUCUGCUGAAAUGUAUGAGGAUGCUGAAAUUGUAGAAGAUACGUCAGAAGAAUCCGAUAUUAAGAACGAAAUUAUUCACCAAAAUUCUUUGAUUAUAAAACGCACUACUACAACUAACACAAAACGGGAAACAUUAGCCUCAUCUGAUAAAAAUAUCCGACGUUUGAGGACAACAGUUGAAACUAUUACUGAAGAUGAAUACCCAGACGGGUCCAUAGAAACAACAAGGGACGUUAAAAUAACUAUAUCUGAAUAUCAAAAAGCUUCUGAUAGUGACUUGCAAGCUGCUUUGGAAGGUUUUAUAUCUACGGGAAAAACAAAAUCCUUUGUUGAUAAAAAAACAAACAUUCUAACAAUCGAUGGUGAAAAAGUAACACAACACGUAACUACUUAUAUAACUAAGGAAGAACUAAAAAAUAAGAAUUCAAAUGAAACAGCAGUUAAAACUGUUACCGAAACAGUAACUGAAAAUAUAAAAAAGGAUGGGGCAAUUGAGACAACAAAAGACGUCAGGACACAAAUAGUUUAUUUACCUAUGGGAACCUCGUUUGAAGACUUAUCACCGGAACUAGAAGAGAAAUUAACACAAAAAAUUCCUGAAUCAAGAAAAGAACAGUUAAAGAAAGAUGAUAAACCAGUUGUUGCGGAAUUAAAAAUAGUUCCAGCAGAAAUUAAAGUUGAUCAAACAGAAUCAAAAGGAAAGAAACGGUCACCCGUUGGGGAAAUAACCACGGAAACUGAAACUUUUACAAAAUUAAUUAAAGAUGGUGAUAACGAAAUCACACAAACCAUUACUGUGGUUACAACGAAGGAGGUUAUAAGCCCUGAAAAGGUAAAAGUCACAGUUGAAACAACUACUGUAAGUAAAGGAAGUGAUGGUGUCACAAAAACUACAAAAUCAACUAAGACUACGAUCUCCGAGUUUAAAGAAGAAUAUGAAGAAAUUAUUGAUACUGGUGAAAGUGAAAAAUCAUAUUCUAAAUAUUCGUCGAAGGCAGGAGACAUGCGAAGUUCUUCAGCAGCUAGUGACGAUUUAGACCAUCCAGGUAUGUCAACUCCGCCUUCAGAUAUAAGCUCGAGAGAAUCUAGAGCUGCUACUCACGUAUGGGGGACUGAAAGUAGUGGGAUGUACUAUAGUGAUGAAGAUGGUCAGGCAAGUCCCAGCAGUACUAAAUCACAAAUAGCACACUCUCCAAGAUCAAAUCUCAGUUUUGAAUUAGAUGCGAAACAGAAAGAGCAAGACGAUCCUAUGUCCAUGUCUGUUUAUGGGAAAUUGCCAGGGGAUGAUUAUGAAAUGAGCACGUCAGCAAAAACUACUGAUAUAUUUUAUACAGGAGAACCUUCAAUCAAAAAAGUAACAGAUGACUUUUUAACACAUGAAAAAAUAGACUCGGACACAUUUAAAGACAGUGAAGACGUAUCAGUCUCCUCAUUUUUAAAAGAAGCCGAUAAACAGUUUGAAAAAGCUAUAGAAGAGCACAAAAAAAUUAGUGGCUCGACAGUUAUUUCAAGUAUAACAGCGAAAUAUGAACUCGAUCAAGAAAUUCCAACUACUGGUCAGCAAACUACAAAAAUGGAAGAAUCAGUGAUUUCUCUAAAGGAUUUCAAGUCAGACUCAAAGAAAUCAGUUCCACCCCACGAACAAAAGUCAGAAAAACCUAAAGAUUCAAAGGGACAGGGCUCAACCAAAGAUCCAAUUGAAUCGUGGGGAAAACCGCUUGGUUUGCCGAGCCCAAUUCUGCCUUCUGAUGGAAAAAGCACUCCUAAGAAAUUAGUGACGAAUUCUUCUGUUACUAAUAAAAAUAAAAUAAAUCAAGAAAAGAGCAAGGAAGCUAAGGCCGGUUCAGAAUCUCCUAGUAAGAAGAAAUCUCCUGCGCCUAUAUAUAUGGACUUAACUUACGUUCCGCAUCAUGGAAAUUCUUACUAUUCUGCUAUUGAAUUUUUCAAAAGAGUACGAGCACGAUAUUAUGUAUUUUCCGGAACCGAACCGUCGAAGGAAAUAUACAAUGCUCUAUUGGACGCUAAAAAAACAUGGGAAGAUAAAGACUUAGAAGUCACAAUUAUACCCACUUAUGACACAGACGUCCUCGGCUACUGGGUAGCUGAGAACGAAGAAGCCCUCGAAAAAUAUAAAAUUGAUCUGUCACCUUCUGCCUCGCGAUGCACUAUCAAUCUUCAAGACCAUGAAACUUCGUGUGCAGCUUACAGACUCGAGUUCUAGGUGUCGGGUCUAUUUGUAGCCUUCUCAUCGAAGAAGUAGCCUCUGCUUUUGGAAUCCUUCUGAGUGGAAUUGUUCAACGAUCAAAUAUUGCACUUGAAAUAAUGUAUCUACUCAGAAGCGUCGCACACCCGAGGAUGCUACUUCGUAUGAGAUAGUUUGCAAAUAGAUUCAAUGUUUGUGAUAAACGAUAGACAGACAGACUAUUGUGAAAUUCUUUUAAGCUGUAGAUAAAUACUUACUCAAAAACAUGAUUCGAAAUUUACGUGUAGGCAUAAGAAUGGAUCCUAGUGAAACAAGAACUCGAUCGCAUCCAAUACGAAUCUCGACCUAAAAACAAAAACGUCCAUUUUUUUCUAAAACUCUUUUCUAGUAGCGACAUAAAUGAAUACAUGCCAUUUAAAAUCUUAUAUUUCUGAUAAUAUUUUUGAAUUUGGUCUUAUACAAUCAGUAGUGCUUUUAUAUACGAUUUUUAGCAUAACCAGUCCAUUUUGUUUAGCCAAAACACCGCUUGUGCGAAAAAUCUAAAUUUUUGAGAAAUUAUUUUGCUAUCGCAUUGUGAGUUUUAAAAGAGAUUAUGAUAAUGAAAUACGUGGAGUAUUUAUACCACGAGCUUUAAACGGACGUGAUCGUAAUCGAUACGAUUAUUGUAAGCGAUGAUGAAAACUGAUUUGUUAAAAUAACCUGAAGUACAUAAUUUUUUACGACCAGAGUCUAAGUCAAAUAUAUAACGUCUUAAAAAGACAACGUGCGUACUGCACUUCAUUGUUUGAUAGAAGUAAUAUAAUUGUUUCUAAUGUUUACAAAGGCAAAAGUGGUUCGUAAACUUUAAAAUAAAUAAUAAACCAGUGCUAUCUGAUGAUUGAAAAAAAAUCCUCAAUUUUUUCAGUAAUUAGAUAGUAAUUAGAUUUUGCACAAAAAUAGUACUAAUUGAAUAACACUUUGUACUACAUAGGAACGCUUAAAGGCCUGCAUUAAUCGUUCUCAUGUGUACAAGGGUUACGGACACUGCUGCAGUAGUCAUGUGCUACAUCCACUCACCGCCACUUUUGCCUCUGUAAACCAAAAUGAGCCUAAGACGAUAGAGAGCUUAAUUCAUAUUAAAUAAAAUGGUUUAUUAGGACUACUAAAAUUACAGCUGAGUUUUGUGUUGAUAUAUGAUUUUUAUCUAUAUCUGUUAGAUACAUAGUUUUGAUGUUGUUUUUUUCAUGUUACGGUGACUCUAUGAAAGUUAAUCUUUUUUUACAAGUAAAUAUUAAUACGUUUGAUUUUGUACAUUUAAAUUUCUAGUCGAGUCCCAAAUAUAUAUAAAAUAAAUAGUAUUAUAUGUUCCUAUUUGUAUUGAUUUUUGACAUUAAUAAUUUGUUAUUAAAUAUUUAUAAUUGAUAUAAUAAACUACCUAUUCCACUUAAUGAUAAAUUCCUUAAAUUGAAUGUUUUGUACGAAUGGUUCGCGCGAAUGUGAUCACACUACCGUCUAGAGUAGGACGUAAGCUGUACUCGGCCCGCUCGACUUCUGUUGUCGACCGAAGUGUUUCCAUUGUUUCAUUUUGCCAAUGAAAAUAAACUUUUAUGUCAAUUACGUUUAAGUCAUCCAUAGCGAUAAGCUAAUCUAAUGGAAUUCUACUAUUGCUUUCUUUGCCAAACUACCUUUAAAAUAGAAAAAAUUCUGUAUAAUAUUUCAAGCACCAGCACAAUGUAUUUACCUUAAUGACGAAGAUUCGUAACGAUAAAUUAACUAUAUGUCUAUUUAUUUUUUUCGUAUAGCGAUUUAUUUAAUAGUUAUUUUUAUCAUAUACGGCUAUAUAUUGCAUGUUGGUUUGUGUGGAUGAUUGUUGCUUUUAAACGAAUGGACAAGGAAGGUGUAAUUAGGUGUGAUGGGAUAAAUGAGCAUCGUACUGUACUGAUAUAUCGUCUAAAUAUACGUAACUACUUCAAGCAUUCCGAAAAAUUGCAUUUACACUUGAUUUUGGUUUCUUACCUACAUUGAAUAGUAUCAUAGACGAUUUAUUAUUUAAAUUUGGCUAUAAGCUUUUUAUUGCUUUCUGAAUAGAAAAAAAUGAUGUAUCAGUAUUUUACGAUGAAUGCUUUUAAGAGUGCUAGUUUUUUAGCCUUCCUCUUGGCAAGUUUUAAGAUUUCUUUGGCUAACGAGCCUGCCCUGAGAUUUACUAUUGUAUUAGCUAGAACUCUAAUUAAUGCAUAAUAUUAGGAAUUAUAAAAUGUUGUUAAUUAAGAAUUGUAUCAGCUUAGUGAACAUCAAUAGCUCUGAAAAUAAAAUCAUUAUUGAAAUUAUUAAAUGUUGCAUUUUUCUAACCGUUAUUGCGGACGUGUGUUAAUUUUGUCUGCUGUUACAAAAUUUAUUAUACUGUCUAUAAUAAUGUUAAUAAUAAUAGAAUUUGAUGGAUUUAAUGUUCACAAUUCUGAAAUGUUUUAAAGACCAAACUACGCGUAAUUUAUAGUAUUGUUUAUUGUGAUUUGAAUUUGUGAUUAUAUGGCUUUCGUUCCUAUCGCUUCGCGUGAUGGUUUAUUACCGGAAACAUAUCACGUUAUGUGUUUCGGUUCCUACUUUGUAAUAUGCGGGAGGUGUGUUUGUAGAUAGGUAAAUAUCGGCCUGUAGGUAUUAUGGAUAAUAGGGGAAGCUUAUGUGGUGCUAACAACCUGAUGUGGUGGGUAUUGUAGCCGAGCAGGUCGGGGAUAGAGCGUCGUCGACUUGUUCAGGGUUAACACGCUAAUGGUAAGGAGGACUGAUUGUUUCAGUGAUAUUUGUUUUGAUAUUUCCACAGUGAUGUGCUGUUUGAACAUGUUUAAUAAUUUAAAUAAUGAUAUUAGUCCCUAUGUGGAUGUUAGGUAUUUGUAACUAUUAUUAUAUUAUGUAAAUUAAAAAGGUAAAAAAAUAAACCAUUCAUUGUAUCAGUCACGUCGCUAUUCCCCAUUCAGCGUGUUUGGUGAUGUAUAAGAGAUUCAAGUAAAUAAAAUUAUAAAAAUUA